GGAAAGUUCGAGAAGCGAGCGUAGUAUCCGGGCAGAAUUUUCUAGACUCGCGGCGGCUCGAUAAAAGCGACGCGAGCGCGCGCGGAUUCAAUAUUACGAUACUCGACACAGAGCGAGAAGCAUCUCAAGCGAGAUACACACUACAAAGCGACUUUUAUUUCUUCUCUCAAGUGAUUUUCGACAACCGCUGUCAUUACUGAAGAGAUUUUCAACGAGGAUAAACGUUUACCGAAGGGGAAAGCAGAAGUGCUACGAGUGAUUUUAACCUGUACGUGAAGCAAAUUACUUUUCGUUUGGAUAUAAAGAAGACUUACCGAGAGACACAAGAUGCCGGAGGACGUCGCAAUGGAACAAAGCGGCGAGGUGGAGACCUUCGCCUUCCAGGCCGAAAUCGCCCAGCUUAUGAGCCUGAUCAUCAACACCUUCUACUCGAACAAGGAGAUCUUCAUUCGAGAAUUGAUUUCCAACUCGUCUGAUGCCUUGGAUAAGAUUCGCUAUGAGUCGCUCACAGAUCCAUCCAAGCUCGACUCGUGCAAGGAGCUAUUCAUCAAGAUCAUCCCUAACAAGAACGAUCGCACACUCACCAUCAUUGACUCUGGAAUUGGUAUGACAAAGGCUGACUUGGUAAACAACCUUGGUACUAUCGCAAAAUCUGGCACAAAGGCGUUCAUGGAAGCUCUGCAGGCUGGAGCUGACAUUUCGAUGAUUGGUCAGUUUGGUGUUGGUUUCUACUCAGCUUACCUUGUUGCCGACAAAGUAACUGUCAUCUCCAAACACAAUGAUGACGAGCAGUACAUCUGGGAGUCUUCGGCUGGUGGUUCCUUCACAGUUCGUUCUGACAAUGGCGAACCCAUUGGCAGAGGAACCAAGAUCAUCCUGCACAUCAAGGAAGAUCAGACCGAGUACUUGGAAGAAUCCAAGAUCAAGGAGAUUGUCAAGAAGCACUCUCAGUUCAUUGGCUAUCCCAUCAAACUGCUCGUCGAGAAGGAGCGUGACAAGGAACUGAGCGAAGACGAAGAUGAGGAAGAGAAGAAAGACGAGGAGGAGAAAGAUGAGAAACCCAAGAUCGAGGACGUUGGCGAGGAUGAAGACGAGGACAAGCCCAAGGACGAGAAAAAGAAGAAGAAGAAGACUGUGAAGGAGAAGUACACAGAUGAGGAGGAACUCAACAAGACCAAGCCCAUCUGGACCAGAAAUCCUGAUGACAUCACUCAGGAAGAGUAUGGUGAAUUCUACAAGAGCUUGACCAACGACUGGGAGGACCAUCUUGCUGUCAAACACUUCUCAGUUGAGGGUCAGCUUGAGUUCCGGGCCCUCCUCUUCGCUCCUCGUCGCGCACCCUUCGAUCUCUUUGAAAACAAGAAGAAGAAGAAUAACAUCAAGUUGUACGUGAGGAGGGUAUUCAUCAUGGACAACUGCGAGGACCUCAUCCCAGAGUACCUUAACUUCAUCCGCGGUGUGGUGGACAGCGAAGAUCUUCCAUUGAACAUCUCUCGUGAAAUGCUCCAGCAGAACAAGAUUCUCAAAGUCAUCAGAAAGAAUCUUGUAAAGAAAUGCUUGGAACUCUUCGAGGAGCUCGCCGAAGACAAGGAGAACUACAAGAAGUGUUACGAGCAGUUCAGUAAGAACCUGAAGCUGGGUAUCCACGAGGACAGCCAGAACAGGAAGAAGCUGUCGGAGCUUCUGCGCUACCACACCUCCGCCUCUGGAGAUGAGCAGUGCUCGUUGAAGGACUACAUCGGCCGUAUGAAGGAGAACCAGAAACACAUCUACUACAUCACCGGCGAGAGCAAAGACCAGGUGGCCAACAGCUCGUUCGUCGAAAGAGUAAAGAAGCGUGGCUUCGAGGUUGUCUACAUGACUGAGCCGAUCGACGAGUACGUCGUCCAACAGCUGAAGGAGUUCGACGGCAAGCAGCUGGUCUCUGUCACGAAGGAAGGCCUCGAGCUGCCCGAGGACGAGGAGGAGAAGAAGAAGCGCGAGGAGGACAAGGCCAAGUUCGAGAACCUCUGCAAAGUCAUGAAGGACAUCCUCGACAAGAAGGUGGAGAAGGUCGUGGUAUCCAACAGGCUGGUCGACUCGCCAUGCUGCAUCGUCACCUCGCAGUACGGCUGGACCGCCAACAUGGAAAGGAUCAUGAAGGCCCAGGCUCUUCGCGACACCUCGACCAUGGGCUACAUGGCUGCAAAGAAACAUCUUGAGAUCAACCCCGACCACCCGAUCAUGGAGAACCUCCGACAGAAGGCCGAGACCGACAAGCAUGACAAAUCCGUCAAGGACUUGGUCAUGCUGCUGUUCGAGACCGCCCUGCUGUCGUCUGGCUUUGGCCUGGAAGACCCACAGGUCCAUGCCGCAAGGAUCUACAGGAUGAUCAAGCUUGGUCUUGGCUUUGACGACGACGAGAUGACCGUGGAAGAAGAGAAGGCCGACAACGAAGUUCCUCCACUAGAAGGCGACACGGAAGAGGCUUCCAGGAUGGAGGAAGUCGAUUAAUACGCGCGCGCUGACAACCUGCGACUACUUAAGACCCAAAGACUUUUUACUAGGAAUUUAGAAAGACUGUUGUUAAAUCGUGAGAGUAUUAAGUUCUUAACGUGACACGGUUGAACGACGAGCGUGUAUGUAGAGAAUUAGUACGAAUUUCUGCGAAAAAUAUUUAUUUUAUAUAAAUAUGUCUACUGCGUGUCUACAAUCGUUUCGCACAGCUCGUCGUUCAAUUGUGCCUUUGCAUUAUACUCUUAGUUUUUUAAGAACAUCGACGCGAUUUUUUUCUUUCUUUUAUCAUACUUUUGUUUAUACGUUUGAUUUUUUUUCGUCAUUACACGACACAUCUUUUUUAUACUUGUACAACGUUAUAGUACAGUUUUCAUUUCACUUUUUCAUCAUUCCGAGAUUAAGCUAUAAUUUUAAGGGAUGCUCGAUACUUGAUUAAGAAUAAGAUUGUUGUAAGAAUCGACGAAUUCGUGCCCAAUAAAAUUGAAGUUACGAAUGUA